CCAUCUAACCGUAGCCGUCCAUAUCCGAUCCAUCAUAGCCCCAGUUUAGUUCCCUUUGGCAUCUCUUACGGAUUCGACGUUUUGGUCGGCGCUAGUCGUAUCGUAUCGUAUCGUGGUUUUGAUUUUGACUUUUUCAUUGGGUUUGCUGUUGGUCGUGCGUCGUCGUCGUCGUCACAAUCGUCUACAAAAAAUAAUCUAAAUGUUGAAUUAAAUUAGAAUUUCAAUUUCAAGCCCAGAACAAAUUUUGCUGCCGCGUAGUUCGGCUCGUCCGUCUAUUAUUUUCUCACUCUACCUAAUAAUUGUUUUUGUUUUUAUUUUGUUUCCUUCGUAUUAAAAUCAUUGUUGUAAAGUACAAGAGUAGUAGAUUCGUGUUUUUAUUUUUGUAUUUGUUUUGCUCAAUCAGCUGUGUACCCCAACAAAGAGUGUUUUCAUAUUAAAACGAAAAAUAGAAUUACAAGAAAAGAAAAACAAGCGAUUGCCCUUUUAAAUAUUUGAAAGAAAAAAAAAAGUUCUUCUCCUUUGUGUUUGCCACUUAAAAAGAUUAAACAAACAAACCCAUUUACCGUUAAUCUGUUUAGCCAUUAAAAAAUAACGAAGCAAAUCAGUUUUUCGUUAAAUAAUUUAUUUGAAAUUGGUCAAAUUUGUCAAAUUCACGUCGUCGUCGCGAAAAAACAAAAGAAACUUUCGCAAGCUCAAGAAAAUGCCAUUCAUUUCAAAAGACUGGCGUUCGCCUGGCGAAGCAUGGGUUAAAACGGACGAAGGAUGGGAAAAGUUGAAGGUGCUUGAAUGUGGAAAACGUACAAGACAUCCUUCAACAUCUGAUGACGAAGAUAACGAAACAAUACCGCCACACUGCCACAUCACAAUACGAUGUACUCGUGAAAUAGCCGGAUUCAAUGGACUUGGUGAAGUUGUCCGACGUUUAGAUUUUCGAAGUUCUGUACGAGAUCGUAGACGAUUCCAUUAUAUAUGUGCUUUACUUAGAUUACUUGUUGCUCAUAAGGGUAUUGCUAAUUUAUCAGGCAGUGCUCAAAAAUUACUUUUACAAAUGGUUGAAGAAGUUGCAUCACAUGUAAAUGAUAGUCAACAACAUUUUAACGUCCUUCGUGGUUUAACAACUCAAUUGCAGCAAAUUGUUAAUCAAGAAAAUCAAAAAUGCUGGGGUAAACCAUUAGGAAGUAUGAAUUUAUGGCAAGAACAUGUGGAGACAAUAAAACGAAUUGAAUCGUUAACUAGUCAAAUUGAAAUUAAAGAGCCUGGUCCAGAAAUACGUCCAAAACUACACGACUUACCUGAAGAAUGUAUUAGAGAAAUUAUUUUAAGAAUUGCUGAUCAUAAGGACUUGGAAGCAACUUCCAGUGCAUGGACCCUCAUGGCAGCCUUAGUUUCCGAGCAACGUGUUUGGCGAGAAUUAACUCGUUUUCAUUUUAAUCAAAAUCAAAUAAACACUGUCCUAGAUAUGAAUAAAUUUAAACUACAGCCUGGUAAAAAAGACUGGAAAAAGAUCUAUCAUCAAUUACGUCGAACUUAUGGCGUCAAUGAUGAUUAUCAAUUUGCUGAAGUUCUAUCCUUGUGUCGCUAUUGUUGUUGCCUCUUUUGGCCAUCAGAUGGCCAUCCAUGUAUUGUUGAUCAGUGUCCAGAAUUUAAGCAGCGCCUUGAAGAAGCUGGUGGCCAAUUGGAGGUAUCACAGCCAGUAUUGCCAUCACAGUUUCUCAAAUUUUUCUCUUUGUAAAAGAUUUUUUAAAAGUUUCAUAAAACAAGAAAAAUGGAGAGAAAAAACAAAUACUAAAUAAAAGUUGGGGAAAAUGCUUCUACACUAAAAUGAAAAUAACUAUAUAUUUUAGUUAACUAUACUAUAUAAUUGAUUAUAUACAGAUUAGAGACACACUAACUAAAACUAUUAUUUUGUAAGAAGUCGUUAAGUAUAUGCGUGUAUAUUUAAAAAAUUUAUACCAACUCGGUAUUAUAUUCUUUUAUUAUUCAUCCUUUGUACGGCAGUUAUAUAUUUUUAAAAACGUAUAUAUUGCUCUUUUCAUCAAUAUAUUUAUUCAAAACUAUGUAUUUUUGUGUCUAGAAUCAAAGAUUAUAUCAAUCUAUAUGAAACUUAUGUCGUGUUCAACAUGAUUAUCAUUUUAUAUAUUAUAUAUUAUGUUGUGUGCUAAUAUUAAUAUCUUGUUAAAUUUUUGUAAUUUAAUAUAAAUUUUUAUAUAAACAACAACAAAACAGAAAGUAAAUUAAAACACAUUUUUGUAUAAGUGAUAUUAGAAUUUAUUUACUAUUGAAUUUUUUCAACUCGUACAGUAUAUAAAAUCUUUUAAAAAACAAAAAGAAAAUCUAAAGUAAAACGUUUUUCACCGCUGUACCAAAAAAAGGCAAAUAAGAUUCAGCAAAGUGGUUUUUAAGUUUUGUUUUUGAGAAAUGUUGGCAAUUUUGAAUUUGCCAAUUUUAUAAUCGAACAAAAUGCGUAUUAACUUAAAAAUUUUGAACAAGAAUUUAUAAAGAAAACAUUGAAUUCCGUCUCUAAAUUGAAUUGGAAACAAUAAUAUACGAAGCUGCCAGUUCAUUAAAAUUUAUGUUCGUAAAUAAGUUCCAAAUAUUCUAUAAUUUUUGAUACAAACUAAAAUAUUAUGCGAAUAUUUAAAAUAGUAAAAACAACAACUAUCAAAAUGAACUGCUUUCAUUAAAUUUAAAAAAUAAAUAAAAAUACAAAACAAAACACUGCUUUUUGAAAUUUUGCAAAUAACAAAAAAAAAAUAAACAAAACAUAAAUUAAAAUGAUAUUUAAAAGAGGUAAACAUAUUUUUUAAGUAGGUAUUCUAUAUUAUUAAUAAAAGUUUAAAUGCGGAUAAAAAAUUUAAUGAAUUUUCAUUAAAUAUAAAAUAAUAUAAAACUUUUCAAAUAAAAAGAAAAAAUUGCAGCAUUUUAUGGAAGAAUUACGUGAUUUAUUUAGCAACAAAUUAAAGAAAAAAAAAUAAAUGCAAUAUUUAAAUAUAUGUAUACCGUUUGUGAAAGAAAAUAAAA